GAAUCUUUCCAGGUUACCUAACAACGCUAACAAACAUGGCUGCUGUAUUUCUCCUGAAGUAGGAAAAUAACGAUACUUUUGAGCCAAGUUCAAGCUUUUUUUUUUUCUUUUUUACAAAAUGAGUAACAGAAAUAGAAAAGUUCGAGUAUGGGGACGAUUUAGACCCACCUCAAAUUUCGCUAAAGAGAAUAUUGAGUUACUUAAUGAUAGUAAGAGUGUCAGUAUACAUAUGCAACGUGAUCCUAAAAAAGGAGUCGUUAAUAAUCAAAUUUUAGAUUGGGCCUUCAAAUUGGAUGGUAUCUUUAACAAUGUAGAUCAAGAAGUGGUUUACAAUACAGUUGCAGCAGACAUUGUCAAAGGUUCUUUGGGAGGUUAUAAUGGAACAUUAAUGUGUUAUGGUCAAACUGGUGCUGGAAAGACUUUUACUAUGACUGGUGCAACAGAAAGUUAUCGCCACCGUGGUCUUAUACCUCGUGCCAUAUCACAGUUGUUCAAACUAAUUGAAGAAAAAUUGGAAUAUAGUUUUAAUGUCAGGGUUUCCUACUUAGAGAUAUACAAUGAAAGUAUGUUUGACUUAUUGGGAACUUUACCUGAGGCUUCUUUGAACAGCAAUAAAGAGCCUGAUCCAAUGGUGGUAAUUGAAAAUCAAGAUGGUGUCUUUGUAAAAGGUUUAUCCUGCCAUCUUGCUCAAAAUGAAGAGGAAGCACUUGAUCUUUUGUUUGAGGGUGAAACUAGCCGAUCAAUAGCAGCACAUCAGUUAAAUAAGCAAUCUUCCAGAUCUCACUGUAUUUUCACCAUCUAUCUUGAGUCUAGAUCAAGAACUGAGUCCAAUGCAAAAUAUACAGUGUCAAAAAUAAACUUUGUUGACUUGGCGGGUUCUGAAAGAUUAAGCAAGACUAAGUCUGAGGGUAAGACAAAGGAAGAAGCUCUCUAUAUAAACAAAUCUCUUUCAUUUUUGGAACAAGUUGUAAUAGCUCUGGCUUCUCGAAAUAGGGAACAUGUACCAUUUCGUCAGUCAAAGUUGACACAUUUUCUGAAGGACUCUAUUGGAGGCAACUGCAAUACUGUGCUCAUAGCAAAUAUGUGGGCUGAAAAAGCACAACUUGAAGAAACUGUGUCUACUUUGAGAUUUUCUACUCGCAUGAUGUGUGUUACUAAUGAGCCUUGUGUUAAUGAAAUCUAUGACCCAGCUAUGCUUGUGAAGAAACUGCAACAAGAGAUCCAGCAUUUAAAAUCAGAACUUGCUAUGCAUGAUACUUUGACAAAUCGUAUGUCAGUAUCUUAUGAACCCUUAUCUGAACAACAAAGAAAUGAGAUAAAGGCUCAAGUUCGGCGUUUUUUAGAUGAUGACCUUGACAGACUAGAUAUUAUUAAUUUAGAACAAAUAAAUGGAACAUAUAAUGCCUUCAGAGAAAUUUAUCGAGAUGCUGAGCGAGAGAUUGAAGCAAAGUUGAAGGACAAAUAUGUUCUCUUAAGUAAAUCUGAGCCACUGGCUGUUUCACAACAUGCACUUAAUGAACCAUCAAUUUUAACAGACUCUAAGAAAAUUUUUGAUAGAAUGAAUAAAAAAUCUGAGACUGCUUUGAAUGUACAAGAUGAACUGAAUGCUGUGGGAGAAUUGGAGGGGGCAAAUGUUAGUGUUGGUCAUGCUUCAAAGCUUUUAAGGGCUGAAUCAUCACAGGUUAUUCAGCUUAAAAAGAAAGAAAGGGAAAGAGAGAAGAAAAAGAACUCCAAAGAAUCUUUAAGUCCUGUUUCUGGAAAACCUGCUUCGAGCCCAUCCCAUAGUGCCAAGGGAGAGCAUAAAGCUGAUUCUCCAGGUGCAGAGAAAUUGGAAUCAAAAGAAAAAGACAUUGAUGUUUCAGCUUCACCAGUAAGCUCUGCUGAUAACUACUCUAGAGGAGUUGAUAGAGUUCAAAAACCCAGACUUGAUGAAUCUGAAAGAGAUGAAGAAGAUGAAGACAAAUUAAAAUCAAAGCUUAGGCCAGACACUCCACCAAGUAGAACUUCAGCGUUUGAAGACUUCAAGGCUGAUCGUGGCAGUGAAAUUAAUCGUAUUUUAAUUGAAAACAAAGCAAUCCUAGCUUCCAAGAAGAAAGAGUAUUCUGAUUUGGCCAAUCAAAUCAAUAACAUUAAGCAUUCUAUAGAUGAGAGUAAAGGAAGUUUAGAACAGUUUCAGUUGCAGAGAGAAGAAAAUGGUCCCCUUUUAAACGAAGAUGGUGACAUUAUUAUAAGUGAGGAAGAAUUCAUUGAAAUUCAACAUCUUAAAGAUUUAAAAAUCAUUUACAGAAGCAAGUAUGAUGAACUUCAUAAUUUGAAAUCUGAAGUGAUUUAUUGUCAAAAACUAGUUGACCAAUGUCGUCUCAAAUUAAUUCAGGAGUUUGACAACUGGUAUAGUGAAAGCUUUUUGGGCCUUAAUGAUGAAAAUCAGACAAGUCUAAAUGUUGGCCUUGGCGCUAAGCUAGGAGUCACACUACCUAUUACAAGCAUAGCUGAUGAAGAUGAGCAAGAAAAGUUUGAACGUAUGCAAAUGGAAAUGAUGAUGAACAAUCCAGAAUCAGCAGCUUAUUACAAUGCUAAGAUUAAAACAGCAAAAAGGAAAUUGUAUGGAACAUCCAUGAAACCAACUCAGUCAAUUUAUCUUCGCCAACCAGGAACACCAACCAUGACCAUUCGUAAUAAACCACCAACUAUGCUUCAAAUUCAGUACUAAAUUAAACAGUGAAGUCUUGAAAAUACAAAAUAUGUAAAAAUAUUAUAUUUUUAAAUUUUCAUUAACAAUUUUUUUUACAAAAAUCUGCAAUUAUUUAUUUUAAAAUAAUAAUAUUGUUUUUUUUCAUUUAACAUUAUGUUUAUUAUAGAAUAGUUGUAAUACAAAAACCAAGGAAAAAUAAUUAAUUUGCUAUGCUUGUUCCUUUUUCCCCACCUUUACUCACUUAUUUUAUAUAGAUUGCAAGGACAGCUCAUUUAAAAAGAUUAUUUAGUAAAAAAAUAUUGUUAUGUUGUCUAAAGUAAGUAAGUCUAAAGUUAUGUUGUCAUGUGUAAGUUAUUUUAUAUUGAAUAAAUUAGAUUAUUUUUUUUAUGUAUAGUCAACAUCAUAACCUUAAUAUAGAACAUAAACUACAUUCAAUGUUAUCAAAUUGAAGGGUUCUUGCAAUCAAAAUAUUUCUUCAAUUCUAGCUGUAAACACACAACUAAACUAGUAUUCUUUUUCAGUAUUUUUACUAUGUAUAACAUUGAAAUAAGAGGCACAGUGGCUGAGUGGUAAAGUACUUGGUUUCUGAAAGUGGGGGUCCUGGGAUUUUUAAUUUCAGGAUCUUUGGGCGCUUCUGAGUCCACCAGCUUUAUUGAUUACAUUAAUUGAGGAAAAGAAAGUAAAAGCAGUUGGUUGUGAGCUGGCCACAUGACACCCUUUUAACCAUGGGCAACAGAAACAGAUGACCUUAACAUCAUCUGCCCUAUAGAUCACAAGGUCUGAAAGGGGAACUUAUAACAUUGAAAUGAGAAUAAAAUCAUCAAGUAGAUACACACAUUUUUAGACCACAGGGGUUGCAAUUGAGAAAAAAGUAAUAAGCAUAAGAUUGUCCCUCUCUUCUUAAAUCUUGAAGAGAAUUCAAUUUUGAAGUGUAUAUUUUAGAUCUGAUACACUUCAGUAGGACAUUAACAUUUUAAAAUUUGAAGUUAAGUUUUAAUAUUUGAAAUGUAUAGUGGUAGGUCAUCAUAGUGUUGCUGUCUUUGUGUGUGAAUUGUGUAAAUAUUGUCUUUACUACAUAACAUCUCUGUUCAUUAGCAUGAAUAAAACUAAGUUUUUUAA